AUGCCUUCUUCCACUGACAAGAAACUCAUCCUCGUUAUCGGCGCAACCGGUGCACAGGGCCUCGCGGUCAUCGACAAAUUGCUCGCGCCAUUGGAGGAUGGCUCGCCGUCUCCGUACGCCAUCCGCGCACUUACUCGCGACCCAGAGAAUCCUCGGGCCAAGGAGCUCUUCGCCAAGGGCGUCGAGUGCGUGAAAGUGACAGCGUUUCUGAUAAGCUUUGCCCAAGGCCGUUUCGACCAUUUCGAAGACAUGGCAGCGGCGCUCAAAGGCGUGUAUGGCGCGUGGGUCAACAUAGAUGGAUUUACUAUUGGAGAGCCGUGGGAGAUGUACACGGGAAUGAGAAUAUUCGAGCUGGCUAAGCAAGCCGGAGUGAAGCAUUACGUUUGGAGCAAUCUCGACUACGCAUUCAAGUUGGGCAAUUAUAAUGAGACGUACAGAUGCCAACACUACGAUGCCAAGGGCCGCGUCGCCGAAUGGAUGCAGGCUCAGCCGUCCGCCGUCAGUGGGACCGACAUGACAUGGUCUGUUGUGACUUCUGGACCGUACAUGGAUAUGCUCCACAACAUGAUGUUCGGUCCCUUGAAGAAACGCGAGAACGGCACGAUUGUCUUCGCCACGCCGGUUGGCAACGGACACGUCCCCAUGAUCGCGCUCUCCGACAUGGGUUUCUUCGCGCGCUACACGUUUGACAACCGCGCCACGGCCUCGGGUCAGGACCUGGCGAUUGCAACGGAGAUGGUUGGCUGGGAGCAUCUGAAGACGACGUUCGAGAAAGUCACCGGCCAGAAGGCAGAGGUUGUCUCCCAGACGAUUGAUGACUGGCUCGAGGACAGGCUGAACUUCCGUGGCUGGUGGGCGCUUUGGCGAGAUGAUAUAGUGAAGAGGGAUAUGGAGUGGAUCAGGAAGGUCAACGCCAAGGGGCACACCCUCGAGAGCUGGAUGAGGGAGCAGAAUUACGGCGACCACCUGUGGCAGAAGAUAGACAUCUUGAAGAUCACUGAAGACGGCCACAUGGGUAUUCUACCAGGCAAGGAACGCUUACAAAAGCUCUGA